AUGACUUCUAAGUCACGAGUAGCUCCUCUAGACGAGACCAGAAGGAAACGAAAGAAGCAAUCGAUUCCUCGACUGGAGCUAUCAUCUGCCCUUUUGCUCAGUCACCUUUUCGACAAAGUUCAUCGUAACAUUCCUGUCACAGAAAAGGCGUAUUUCUGGACAGAUUCCACAAUUGUGAAGUGCUGGUUGGCGUCUAGUCCAUCGCGUUGGCAGGUGUUCGUCGCUAAUAGGGUGUCAGAGAUCCAACACCUGACAAAACAUGGUGUAUGGAAUCACGUUCCGGGAACGGAAAAUCCCGCUGACAUUCUCUCUCGUGGGAUAACUCCUCAGGAGCUGCAGAGACAACACAGCUGGUUCAAUGGCCCAGCAUGGCUGCAUCAACAUCCGAUCAACUGGCCAAAAGAGGCACAUUCAACGGUUGAAUAUUUUGAUUCUGCGAUUUUGGAAGAAAAAGUCAGUGUGGUUCGUUUAAUAGCUCUCAUUCGCCGGUUUCGUCAUAAUGCUCAAGAAAGGCAUCGCUAUUGCCGAAUUGGCGGACCGAUAAAUUCCAACGAGUAUGAAAUAGCCAUCGAACAUCUUGUUAGAUUAUCACAGCAGGAAUCUUUUCACCGUGAAUAUCUCAACUUAGCGAAGAACAAACAAGUGGAACAUUCAUCGAGAAUUCGUUCCUUAAAUCCACUGCUACAAGAUGACAUAAUAAGAGUCGGGGGGCGUCUUAGACACGCCUCAGUGCCAGAAGAUCGGAAGCAUCCUAUAAUUCUGGACAAUCACCAUCCAUUGUCUAAGUUGAUCCUCGACUAUUAUCACAUCAAGUUGUACCACGCAGGACAACAAAUGAUUAUCGCCAGUGUUAGAGAGAGAUUUUGGAUCACAAAUAUCCGAAAACUUGCUCGGAAGGUAAUCCACAAGUGUGUGAUUUGUUUUCGGGCCAAACCUCGAGCUACUGAACAACUGAUGGGAGAUCUUCCCCCAGAACGUGUCACUCCAGCUCCACCAUUCCUCAGGGUAGGAGUGGACUAUUGUGGCCCCUUUCAUGUAACCUAUCCCAAUCGACGAGGAAGUCCAAUGAAAUGCUUUAUAUCGAUUUUCGUCUGCCUCGUCACGAAGGCAGUUCAUUUAGAGCUAGUAGCCGACUUGACCACCGAAGCGUUUUUAGCUGCUCUAAAGCGUUUCAUCGCACGGCGCGGAAAACCCAUUACUAUGAUGUGCGACAACGCGAAGAACUUCGUUGGGGCAAACCCAAACAUUUACAAACAGCAAUUUCAAAAUUCGGUCGUCAAGGAAAUGGCAGAAGAUCGAAUCGACUUCAAAUUCAUCCCAGCUCGAUCUCCGAAUUUCGGUGGGCUCUGGGAAGCUGCUGUCAAAUUAUUCAAGGGCGCUUUUAAAAGAACGAUCGGCACAAGAGUUCUGCAGUACGACGAAAUGCAUACGGUGCUUACGCAAGUCGAGGCGAUUUUAAACUCGAGACCAUUAACUCCUUUAAGCAAUGAUCCGGGCGACUUAGAGGCCCUCACCCCAAGUCAUUUUUUGGUGCAAAGACAACUAACAGCAGUUGCUGAACCUGACCUAGAAUCUGUUCCAACCAAUCGAUUAUCACUCUGGCAAUGA